UUGCCUGUCCUCUUGGAAAACGCAAUCACGACUGCUCAUUUUAACACCCAUUUCCAGAAGUUUCCUCGCAGUGCAGGACAGAUUUCAUGCCGUGCAGUCCGACAAAAACAGAGGAAAAGACAGUCUCCUGUACAGUAAGAGUAAACACAAUCUUGAGAAGCAUGUGGGUGAAAAUCCUGGUGAGUUUGUGCCUUUUGGCCAGUGUCAGAGCAGACAAGAAGCUCAGCAGCCAUGCCACCAUUCUGGCAGACAACAGUGCCAAUUUAGCCUUCGAUUUGUACCACAACAUGGCCAAAGAGAAAGACAUGGAGAAUAUUUUGAUUUCCCCUGUGGUGGUGGCCUCCUCACUUGGCGUGGUGGCGCUUGGUGGAAAGGCCUCCACAGCCUCGCAGGUGAAAACAGUCCUCAGCGGGAAUAAAGUAAAGGAUGAGAAUCUCCACUCUGGCCUGGCUGAGCUUCUGAGCGAGGUUAACGACCCUAAGGAGCGCAACGUCACCUGGAAGAUUAGCAAUCGGCUGUACGGCCCCAGCUCCGUCAGCUUUUCUGAGGACUUUGUGAAGAACAGCAAGAAGCACUAUAACUACGAGCAUGCCAAGAUCAACUUCCGUGAUAAGAAGAGCGCCAUCAAAGCCAUCAAUGAAUGGGCUUCCAAGUCUACUGACGGCAAGCUGCCUGAGGUCACUAAAGAUGUUGAGAAGACGGAUGGUGCCAUGAUCAUCAAUGCUAUUUUCUACAAACCGCACUGGGACGAAUCCUUCCAUCACCAGAUGGUUGACAAGCGUGCCUUCCUCGUCCAUCGUUCAUACACGCUGUCCGUACCCAUGAUGCACCGCACAGGUAUCUACGGCUUUUACGAUGACAGCGCCAAUAAAUUCUUGAUCCUGGAUAUGCCACUGGCUCAUAAGAAAUCGUCUGUAAUGUUCAUCAUGCCCUACCACGUGGAGUCUCUGGAGAGGCUGGAGAAAAUGCUGACGCGUAAACAGCUGGACAUCUGGCAGUCUAAGAUGGAGCAGAAAGCCGUAGCCGUCUCUUUACCAAAGGUCAGCAUGGAGGUCAGCCACAAUCUGCAGAAACAUCUUGGAGAACUUGGUGUAACCGAAGCUGUGGAUAAAACCAAGGCUGAUUUAUCCAACAUCUCAGGAAAGAAAGAUCUUUAUCUGGCCAAUGUCUUCCAUGCCUCUGCUUUUGAGUGGGACAUUGCUGGCAACCCUCCAGACACCAGCAUCUUUGGCACGGACAAGGUGAAGAACCCCAAACUGUUCUACGCUGACCAUCCGUUCCUCUUUCUGGUGAAGGAUAAGAACACAAGCACCAUCCUCUUCAUCGGCAGGCUGGUCCGGCCCAAAGGCGACAAGAUGAGGGAUGAAUUAUAACUGACUCGCAAGGCUGAAUUGAAUUGUAAGGAUAGCCUGAGCAAAUGUAGGAGAGGGAAAGUGUGUGUGUGUGUGUGUGUGUGUGUGCGCGCAACAUUUUGACUGAACAAGCAGAGGACUGUUACCUCAAGAGGACAUUCCAGAAGAUCUGUGGACCACCACCUGUGUGUGUGUGAGGCAUGUUCUGUCUUGAACACACACACACCAUGUUAGACACAAAGUAGUGUGUACUCAGACAAAGCAAUCCAACUCAGCAGAAAGGGUGCUGUCAACUGUUGUUGUUUUGUUAAAUGUGUCCAUUCAAGGUUUUACAAACGUUCCAAUAAACACUUCUGUGAAUAUUCUAAAGACAAGUGUGACAUGAUGAUGUCAUCAGAACAGUUCUGGUGCUGUUCCAAUAGUGUUUAAGUGCCCUUGUUUUCUUCCCCUUUACAAAAACUCAAAUUUUGUAGUUAAAGUCAUUUCUCUGGCAAUCCGUAUUUUCAUCAUAUUAUGUGCAAACUGUCCUGUUGAUUAGCUAGCUAGCAUAUUACCCACUUUUAAAAUUUCCUUUAAGUGCUAGCAUGCUCAUGGCCUAGAUUUCUAUCUAACUAGCAGAAUAUAUAUGUUUGUGCUCAGCUUCACAUUUAGCUUCAUCCACCAUAUUUGCUCUUCUGCAGAGGAAGUUGCAUCAGACUGCAAUGACUUUUGGGUAAAUUUUACUUAACCAUGGAUCUCCCUCGGGUCUUCUAGGGCUUCACAUGACCUAAUAAAGAAUUGGAGCAGCUCUGGAAAUGACAAAGGGGAUUCCCUCAAGGGGAAGUGGAUAAGGGCGUGCUAAAAACAAUAUUGCAACACACACUUGCUAUGUCAUCGCGCUUUCCUGCAGAAUCCAUUUUUAUUUAUGCAACUUUUACAUGCCUGUCAAAGCAGGAAGGCACUAUCCUUCAGUGUCAAAAGUAGGCAGCACCAUCACAUGACGACAUAUAAAAGUAUGAUGUCGGAGGUACAUCCUUUUACAGCGUUCUCUCAGGGUUUUAGAUUUUCUUGUACAUGCCUGUAAACCUUGCUGAGUCACACUAUAUGAAAGACGAUCUGGGUUCGUGAAAUAUCAUUUAAUAUCUGAAGGAUUUUUUGCAAAUAUUUCACAAUGUACACACAGAGUACAUUCCUGUCGACCCUCAGAUACACCUCUGUGUCUGGCCUGGUGGCAGUCCGCACUGAAAUUGCUCCUCUGCACUAGAAAUCCUGUGAUUGACGGAAUUUGUUGAUCGGCCUAGCUAUGAAAUUGUUUUCCAAUAAAUUGUCUGUUUUUUCCAAUAAAAUCUGCACCACUAAAAUGC